AUGGCCCCACCUGCACCUCCAUCAGCGCUCCAUCGCCACCAGUCUUCAUCGCAGCCUCCUCUGGAUCCAGCUUACCGGGCCUCUACUAAGCGCCGGUUUGACCAAAUCAUCAACCACUUUGAAAGCGAAGGCAUUAGACCAGAUCGCGACAAGUACAACCGCGUCAAACUGGUCAGCCUAACAUAUGACCACUCGACAAGCGAGAAGUCUAAAGAUAGAUUACUAGCUGCUUUCUUUGCAUUUGCAGGACUGUCAAUAACCGCAGAUAGAGACAUCAACUUUGAAGACCCAACUCGUCAAGAUGAACUCCGAGUUUCCCUCGAUAACUUUGCCGAUUAUCUUUUUGAUAAUUUCUUUCUACCACUAAAAGCAUCAACCAAAAAAAACACCCCAGCCUUCACCGGCAUCUCAUUCAGCCGUUAA